AUGAAGGGCCGCCCCGUCGACCAGAUCGUGUACGAUUACAUGUUCCCUCGCGCCAAGAGCAACGACCCCCAGAAUUUCCACGCCCUUCUUCAGCGCAACCUCAUCCCUGAGGUCCGCCAGGAAACCCACGCGUUCUACGGCCACCUCGAGACCCACGAGGCCAAAUACCCCGGCCUCGACUACACCCAUCGCACCCACCGCAUUCGCCUCGCUCGUUGGCCGUGGCAUCGUCGCCUCUUCCGCGCCUUCGACGGCCUCCGCCUCACCGAUGCCGAAAUCGCUGGCCUGACUAAAUGGGAGGGCACCAAAUGGGCCAAGGAGAAGUUCGAGAGAGAGCAGGGAAUCAUCAUCCGCGACACCACCGCCGACGGCUUCCCCGAUUGGACUGAGAUUGAGGACCGCCCUCGCGGAGUUGAGAGCCACCCCGCUAGCGCAGGCUAUGUUGGGCUCGACGACCUCGACGACGGCGAGAUGGACGUUGAGAGCGAGCCUGAGAUCGACAGCGUUGGCGUUGAACUCAACGAGCGCCUACGGGCGCAGGCCGCUCGUAGGGAGGCCGGGGACAGCACGGCUGUACUUGACGAGGAAUGGGAGCAGUGGCUCAAGAACGCCAUUGAGAAUGGCGAGCUCUUCCGCCGCGGCGACGAUGCCAAUAUUUCUCCCGAACUGCUCCCUACGAGCAUCGUCAGUGCCGCCCGGGCGGGCCAGUGGAGCGAGGUUCCUGAUUUCCUUCAACCCAUGCUCCGAUACACCCUUCAAGAGGAGGUAGAGAACCGCUCCAGCAACAGUACCCCCCAGCAGCAGCGCCGAGUCCGCGUCCCCUGGCCCCGCCGCACUUACUCGGACCUCCGCCUCCCGGUCGGAGAUUCAGGACCUGGUCAUCGCGCUGCCUGA